CCUGCACUGAAAAACAGGGAAAUAUCAGAUAUUCAAAUAUGAAACUGGCUCUUGGACCGCUUUCUUGAGAAUUUGGAAAUGUCCCAAACAAUCUUUCAAAAGCUCUUCCAGAGAACUGAAUAACGAGUUUCCAAGGAAGUCAUCUGGAACAAAACCUGGCACGGAGAAUCUGCGGGGAUAUAAAAGCCGACGGCGCCACGCAGCAGCUGUUUGCAGCUCUCGGCAGACUGAAGCGUUCAUCGGAGGAGGACGGGACUCCCUGCUGGCAGCGAUGGCGAUGAGCACCGACAACAUGACCAGAAACAUCCAGGCUACAAAUGUGCCCCGACGGACAAAGCGUGUCGCCCUGCUGAUCAACAACAUGCAUUUUUACAAUCCAGCAUUAACCAGACACGGGGCUGACAAAGAUGAGCAGGCCGUGGUCAACCUGCUCCACACUCUGGGAUACGAGGUGGAUAGACAUCGGAACCUACCUGCACAGAAAAUGGACGAAGCUCUGAAAAGGUUUAGCAGACGUCCGACACUGCCCCUCACAGACAGCGUGUUUGUUGUUGUCAUGUCCCACGGAGGCAUGGGAACUAUCUGUGGAACGGGCAAUCACAGGAUUGAAAUUGACCGAAUUUAUGAGCGCUUAAACUCUAGAAACUGUCCCGCGCUGAAGGACAAACCGAAGAUCGUCAUCAUUCAGGCGUCCAGAGGAGUGCUCGUACCUGGAAGACCGCCUGUGCCCACAGAUAACAUGAGAGCUCGAUCAGUAAAUGAAGCUGCUCGGCUGCACACAGAAAAGGAUUUCAUCACUCUUCAUUGCAGCGCGCCUCACAUAGCUGCAUACAAACACCCGGCGUACGGCUCCUUCUUCAUCCAAAGUAUCGCUGAGGUGUUCAGCAGUCGGUGCGUCCAGGAUCCCAUCGAUGAACUCUUCAAAAAAGUACGUUCAAGAAUAUUCUGAACUCUUUGAAAACACGACGAAGGUCUGAGAACCAGACAGGUGACCACAGGUGGUGCUCAAAGCCCCGCCCAUUUGGCCUUUUACUCCAUAAAUGGAGGAAACGUGUCGGGGAAAAAGAGCCAAAGAGCCCAUCCUGUUACAGAACCUGGAGCAUUGAAGCUUCUACAAAUACUCGUUUUCAAACUGAAGAGUGACGCCUCCCUCAGUCUCCCUCCCUGAGCCUCCCUCCCUUGUCUUCCCUCG